UGCAUUCAGCAGAUCCUGGAGGCUGUGCUCCACUGCCAUCAGAUGGGCGUAGUCCAUCGCGACCUCAAGCCUGAGAACUUACUUUUAGCUAGCAAAUCCAAGGGAGCAGCAGUAAAACUGGCAGACUUUGGGUUGGCUAUAGAAGUCCAAGGAGAACAACAGGCUUGGUUUGGGUUUGCUGGUACUCCAGGAUACCUUUCUCCAGAGGUGUUACGAAAAGAUCCCUAUGGAAAACCUGUGGAUAUGUGGGCAUGUGGUGUCAUUCUGUAUAUCCUCCUGGUGGGAUAUCCUCCUUUCUGGGAUGAAGACCAGCACAGGCUUUACCAGCAGAUCAAGGCUGGUGCUUAUGAUUUUCCCUCACCAGAAUGGGAUACGGUGACUCCUGAAGCAAAAGACCUUAUCAAUAAAAUGCUUACCAUCAACCCAGCAAAGCGUAUCACAGCAUCAGAAGCACUAAAGCAUCCAUGGAUCUGUCAACGUUCUACUGUUGCCUCUAUGAUGCACAGACAAGAGACUGUAGAUUGCUUGAAGAAAUUCAAUGCAAGAAGAAAACUAAAGGGGGCCAUUUUGACAACUAUGCUGGCUACCAGAAAUUUCUCAGCAGCCAAGAGUUUACUGAAAAAGCCGGAUGGAGUUAAGAUAAACAACAAAACGAACGUGGUAACCAGCCCCAAGGAAAAUAUUCCUACUCCGGCGCUGGAGCCCCAAACUACAGUAAUCCACAACCCUGAUGGAAAUAAGGAAUCAACAGAGAGUUCCAAUACAACCAUUGAAGAUGAGGAUGUGAAAGCUCGUAAGCAGGAGAUUAUCAAGGUCACUGAGCAGUUGAUUGAAGCCAUCAACAAUGGGGACUUUGAAGCUUACACAAAAAUCUGUGAUCCAGGCCUUACAUCUUUUGAACCCGAAGCUUUGGGUAAUCUAGUAGAAGGGAUGGACUUUCACCGGUUUUACUUUGAAAAUGCUUUAUCCAAAAGUAAUAAGCCAAUCCACACCAUUAUCCUCAAUCCUCACGUCCACCUCGUGGGUGACGAUGCUGCUUGCAUUGCAUAUAUACGGCUCACACAGUACAUGGAUGGAAGUGGGAUGCCAAAGACUAUGCAGUCAGAGGAGACGCGGGUCUGGCACCGUCGCGACGGGAAGUGGCAGAACGUUCAUUUUCACCGUUCAGGGUCACCAACAGUACCUAUCAACGCCUAGCACAGCGGGACCCCAGUCAUGACUCCGGCCCCUAGACGCUACGCUAAAAAUAUCAGCGGUGCCGCUCUUGCAUUUCGUGUACCCAACGCACCUGGUUGAUCACCAUCUUGGCCAUCCCGUUCUCUUCAUGCAUGUUUCUGAGUGCAUGAAGUUGUGAAGGUUCUCCAUGUGACACAUUUGUGAUGCACCAUGUCGCUGUAUAUUCCAUCUGUACACUGUUAACAUUUCGAUGAAGGUGAUGUUCCUUGCAAAUAGAGAAUAACAAGGCAUAAAACACAAAAAAAUACGUGAUGGACAGCAGUAGAUACAGAGUACAUUUGUCACUGUCUCCAUUUAUGCCAAGUUUUGAGAGACAACUUUAAAAAUUAUAAUGUUUAU